UGUCUUUUUAAAAUAAAAUUUUGCAUGCUUGUGUAAUGUUGUUCAAAAUAAAACUAUAGAAACGCAUUACUUAAAAAAUGCGUAUUGAAACAUGUUAUUUUUGCUCCUCUAGGAUAUAUCCUGGACAUGGCAUCCAAUUUGUGAGAAAUGAUUGCAAGAUAUUUAAAUUUUGCCGUUCAAAAUGUCAUGCAGCGUUUAAAAAGAAAAAGAACCCACGUAAAGUUAAAUGGACCAAGGCCUACAGGAAGACGGUGGGUAAGGAAUUGGCAGUAGAUCCUUCCUUUGAGUUUGAAAAACGCAGGCACGUUCCCAUUAAAUAUGACAGGGAAACCUGGACUAAGGCCAUCGAGGCGAUGAAGAAAGUCGAAGUCAUUAAACAGAAGCGACAGAACACUUAUAUUUUGCAAAGGUUACGUAAAGCCAGAGAAUUGGAACAGGAGAGAGAUAUCAAGGAGGUGCAACGAGAUUUGUCGCUUAUCCGGUCACCAGCGGCUGGACUUAAAAAGGUUAAAGUGGAUGAAACCAUGGCUGAGGAAACACGAGAAAGUGACGAGGAAAUGGAAGGAGUUGUGGAAGACGGCGGAGAAGUUACUUUAUAAUUUGGAUGUGUUUGCUUUUUAAUUCUAUAAGUUUCAAGUGAUUCUAACUCAAAUUAAUGAUACACAUCUGAUACCUUUGUUCAAUAAAAGUUUUCUCGUGAA